CGAAAACGCAGGAGGGACAGUGGUUCGCCGUAGGCGUCUUCGAUAUUCUUUUUGUUCGGCGGCAGUAGUCUGGUCACGAAGGACGGCCGGGCCCGCAGGCAGGCCCAGCAAGGUUGGAUGAUGAGGCAAUCUAUGCAGCCCACAGAAAAACUCGGACGCGCGGGCCCCAAACGGACCAUCGAAGAGCAGCGUGUGGCGUGCGGGAACGGCGCCUGGACCCUGCCGGCGCUCCGCUCGCUGCUCUGACUGGUCGCGCGAGGCCUUGAAUGCCUUGAAUCGCGGGGUGGAGCGCUUGAAACGUAUGUGGGGCCCCACGCUGGCCAAGCGAGGUUCCCGAGGAGAACGCAGGGACCCGCAGUGGCAACGUGGGGGACGCCCGAAGAGCACACAGCUUGAAGAUACGGGUGCAUGCUGGCCCAGCGGGAUUCACGAGGACCCGAAGGCAGAGUGGAGAGACCCGAAAAGGACAGCAGAUGCUCAAGAAGCCCGAUCCUCGAGCCUCAAGGGAGGGAGGAGGAGAUCUUGUUCCUCAUGGGUUAGCUGGUAAGGGCAACUUGCCGUUCUCCUUGAUCAAGGAGGGGGAUGAGCAGGAGGAUUCUUGACAUCAGCAGCCAUUGACCCCAAGUCAAAGAGGAAAACGCCAAAUGCCAGGCGGAACGCCAUUAAUACGAACAACAGCAGAGGAAAAGGAGGAGGAGGAGGAGGGAAGGGUGGAGGAGGAAGGGGAGGAGGGAAGGAGGAGCGCACAGUGCUGCAGAGUAUCAGCGGCGCGCCGAGGGGGGAGGUCCUCUCAGAAGGCGCCGAUGCUCAUGAGCAGCCCGCCGGCCUUCUCCGAGACGCCCUCUGCGGCCUCGGAGAAGGCCCAGAAAGCUUCGCGCAGAGGCCGGCGACUCCGAAGGCUGUGGUCUGCGAAGGGUGCGGGCUUGCAGCCCACGCCCUGCGGGGGCGGGCGAGGACCUCGACGGCGCUCUCCGCCGCGCCCCGAGGCGGCCCGACGAGGGCAGCGCGGUGUCCCCCAGCCGACGGAGACCAUCGUAGAGAACCCCCCGGCGCAGCCACCUCUGCAGUCGCCGGAGAAGGCCUGGAGCCCUCCGGGCCUUCUGCGAAGGCCCGCCCCCUCGGCGGUGUCUACCCUGGGCGCGCCGCCGACGCAAUCGCGCGGGUGCGCGCUCGCACGCGCGAGCGCGCACUUGUACGCGUCACUCAAGGCCCACGCGUUCGGAACGCCAUGCUUUUUGAAGCAGGCUUUUCCGGCGGCGUCGGCCGACCGCCUCACCGACCCCGGACCCGGGCCCGCCCCAUGGACCCAGGCAUGGGCCCAGGCCCAGGAUCGGUGCGAGGUGGCCAGCGGGCGGCCGCCCGACCUUUGGCUCUUAUCCAGUCACGCUCGCGAGAGGGAGAGAGAGCGUGGUGGCAGAUGACGCGCCGAGGACGCAGAAAGCCACUGCGCAGAAGCUGCUCACCGCCUCGGUAAACUACGCGGGACAUGAUCGCAGCGCAAACUGCCGCUGCGCGUGACGUGACGCCGCGGCGUUGCAGGGCACCGUCCGGCCGAGGUAUCUCACAACACGCCCCUCGGCGCGGGGGGGAGGCGCAGGGGCAGAGGGGAGAGGGCGCACGCCGAGGCCAGCCGAUUAAAGGAACGAGUGGCCGUGGCCGGCCAAGCUGGUCUCGGGAUCGCCCGCCUCUGCCUCCUCGGCCACGCGAGGCCCUGCCCGCCCGCGCUCCACCGGGGCCUCGGCCGUGGCCUCGCCGUGGCACGCCUGGGCCGCAGCCGCCAGGAGCCCAGGCGCAGCGGCACGCAGCACCUCCACGUCGCCACAGCGCGCGAGCGCGGCGGCGUGGCCAUGACCCGUCAUGAGCUCGAUGAAGUGGUGCGGGACCCCCGCGAUGGUUCCCACGACCAGAGCCACGGCCAAGGCCACGGCGGGGGCCGCGGCCACUGCCGCCGCGUAGAUCCCGCAUGCGGACGCUGGCACUCUGUGCGCCUCCACCAGGGGUGCGGCUGGCGGCAGAGCGGCUACCUUCAGCGACGGAACGUCCCCUGAGACCCGAAGCUGCAACAAAAAUAUGCGACAUCGCGAAACACCGAGACCGACGCCCCAGAUCCAUUUUUUCAAGCCAAAUCGAUCUGUGAUGCUCCUGGGUCCGACUCCCGGCAAGGCAGCCGGGAGUGGAAGCGCGGAUCUGGGGGCCCACCUGCGGAGCAGCUCGGCCGCUGCGGAGCAACCACGGCGCCCUGGCGGCAGCGGCCUCCUGCGGCGGCUCAGCGGCCUCGGCGCUCCGGGGGAGGUGGCCGACCUCCGCGCCGGUGGCGCCGGGCACGUCGCGGGAGGCGGCGCCGGCGCCGCCGAGGGGCCUGACCUCGCC